AUGGAUCUGUUCUCGCUGAAAGGCCGAACUGCCCUGGUGACCGGAGGCACCCGUGGCAUUGGGCAAGCCAUGGCAAUUGCACUGGCCGAAGCAGGAGCCGACAUUGUAUUAGUGCAGCGGGACACCAGCAACCUUGGUACAAAAGAGCAGAUUGAGCAACUGGGUCGAAAAGUCAGCAUUUACACGGCCGACCUGGCUUCGCAGCAGUCUGUUUCCCAGCUGGUGGCGACAGUCAUCCAGGGUGGACAUGAUAUUGAUAUCCUGUUGAACUGCGCUGGGAUUCAACGACGCCAUCCAAGUCAUCUUUUCCCCGACAACGACUGGGAUGAGGUCCUUCAAGUCAAUCUCACGACUGUUUUCACACUCUGCCGCGACGUCGGUGCAUACAUGCUCACUCGCACCCCCAACUCCUCAGGUCAACGCGGGAGCAUCAUCAACAUCGCAUCCCUCGUCUCUUUCCAAGGCGGUCUCACUGUCCCCGCCUACGCCGCAGCUAAAGGAGGAGUCGCACAGCUCACCAAGGCCCUCUCAAACGAGUGGGCAUCCAAGGGGAUCAAUGUCAACGCCAUUGCACCUGGAUACGUUGCGACAGACAUGAACACGGCGCUGAUUCAGGAUAAGGAGCGGGCGGCGAGUAUUCUUGCGCGGAUUCCUGCUGGGCGUUGGGGGAAUCCGGAUGAUUUCAAGGGUUCGGUGGUGUAUUUGGCCAGCCGGGCCAGUGCGUAUGUUAGUGGUGAAGUGCACACGGUGGAUGGAGGGUGGAUGGGGCGGUAG